GCGUCAAGGGUCAUUUUGGGAAGAAAUAAAAAUGAUUGCCAAGAACUAAAACUAACACUCCGAAUAAUCACUUUCAGUGUGGAAUAUUGUGGCUAAAUAAUCUUCAAGAACAAUAAUUCGAUAUAAUUUUGUAACUCUAAUAAACUCAUUUCUUUUGGCAAAUACACGAUUUGUUAUUUGUGCUUGACAAGUGAAAUGCUUUAAUAUUUGGCCGGAUAUCACGCGCAACCAUUUAGCAGUCUUCGCUUUUAAGAAAAUAAACAAGCGAGUUUUGUACCACAUAAGAAAUGGAUCCAGCACAACUAUCUGAUUCUGCGACUUUGCUGCUUUCCGCCACUGGUGUUCUGACACCUGUGUCACAGGUUCUUACAAUACCUGUUGAGAAAGACCCUGAAGAAGAAGGUGGAUUACCUCCAAAUGUUGAAGAAGAGACACAGAUUGAAGUAGCAGUUGGUGAACCUGAGCAAAAACUGCCAGAAGAGUCUGUUUCAAGUUUGCCUGUUGAAUAUCCAUUGACCUCUAUUCUGGCUGAAAAAUUUGAAACAAAACCAGAUGAAAAAGCAAUUACAGGCUUCGCUGAAUCUCAAACCACUUUGGCUGCAGAGAAUCUACAGUUUGUCAUAGUACGAGUAAAAGCAUCAGAACUUAUUGGCACGAUUAGAAAGCUUGUGGCAGACUCAAUUCAUGUGCCUUUAGAAACUUGUUUUAUGUUUUAUCAUGAAAUUGAGAUGGAAGAUUGUGUUGCAGUUGGCUCGCAUGCUGGAUCUUUGAAUGGAACAGUCACCUUAAACAUUCAAAUUAAAAAUGUUUCAGAAAAUGGAGAGACAGUUAAGCGAAUGGAUGUAUUAAAUAUCCAUUUGACUCCCAACAAUGCUGACAAUCCAGAGUUGCUUGGAAAUGGUGAACAAAAAAAGAAUAACAAAACUCUGCCACAUUCCCCAACAAAACGAAGACGAAAGUCCUCCAACAAUAAAGGUAAUGCAAGAUUGUCAAACACCACGGCUACUCCUAUAAUGGUCUUGAAUAAACCUGUAGAUAAUUUAGCAUCUCCAAUUGGACAAAAUCCUAAUGUAGAAUUAUCAUCACCAGAAGUACCGACACUUACAGCAAGUCGGAGUGCUGGAAACAAUGGCCAAAUUCAACUAUGGCAAUUUUUACUUCAACUUCUAACUGAUAAAGACUGUAAGCAUCUAAUUACAUGGAUUGGUGAUCAAGGUGAAUUUAAAUUAAACCUUCCAGAACAAGUAGCCCAAGAAUGGGGGAAAAGGAAGAAUAAGCCAGCUAUGAAUUAUGAGAAGUUAAGCAGAGCUCUACGAUAUUACUAUGAUGGUGACAUGAUUCAUAAAGUACAUGGAAAAAGAUUUGUGUACAAAUUUGUUUGUGAUCUAAAGAGUUUACUAGGAUAUUCUGCUGCAGAAUUGAGUGCUCUUGUAAAUCAAAUGGAUACAACCUAUCAACAUCAACUUAUUAAUGGUAAUCAAACAUGAAAAUACACAUUUGUACCUCAUAACAUUUUAAACUGAACUUUUUUAACAGAACAAUUUGUUUACAAAGUACCAAUAAAUACUGUAGCGUAGUAUCAUAAGCUAAAUGAUUCCUACAUUUAUCAACACAAAGUAUGAAGUUUCAUUUGCACCAAAUCACAAACUUUGUAUGGACUACAUAGUUUGCAUGGAAAUUUUACCAAUAAUACUUAUAGAAUAAAUAACAUUGAGUUUGAAGGCA